AUGCAAUCACUUACGGUGCCGGUGCCUCCGCCGGCCUCAGCGCGCUUCUUCAAGAUGUGUGCGCGCGUCCUGCAGCCUGUGCAAAUGCGACAUGAGUCUACCUAUCGUCGGUCACGCUCAAAAUUGAACAUCAAACCCGACCCAAAUUUCCUACCAACCAAAACCGAGCAGCACGAUCACAUCAUUUACAAUCCACCGCCGAGUAUGCCCAACGUCUACCAUACACCUACUAUUUUCCUGCCCAAGGAUGACAAGAGAAGAGCUAUUCAGGCCUCGCUUCAGCCGUACUCUCAAGCACAACUCUCAGCGGACUUUAUACCUGCUGUCAAGCAGCCAUACGAGAAGCGAUACCAUCUGACCAAAGACGAUGUUGAGGAGAUGAGAAAAUUGCGAGACGAAGACCCGGUGAAAUGGAGUCAGUCGGCACUGGCGAGGAAAUUCGACUGCUCUAAUGCAUUCGUUGGCUUCGUCAUAAAGGGCAUGUCCAAGGAGAAGGCCAAGCAGCAACAGGCCGUGAACGAGGUCAUCAGAUCCAACUGGGGUGUCAAGAGAAGAACGGCGCGCGAAGAUCGCGCCAUCAGGAAGGAGCGCUGGUACAGGGACGAGUAG